AUGUACAACACCAGCUACUCUCACAUGGAGGACAACCGCCGACGGGAGGAUCUGGUCUAUCAGUCUAGAGUAAGACUUCCUGAGAUCCAGAUGGAGGAUGACGGCCUGUAUGAGUGCCACGUGGGGAUCUAUGACAGAAGCUCCAGAGACAAAGUGAUUCUGGCCUCUGGCAGCAUCAUCCUCACUGUCAUCGUACCUCCCAAGACUAUCUCUAUGGUGGCGGCCAACAGCCCGGCUCCAUUCAGCCGCUAUGAGGCCCAGAACUUCACUCUGGUUUGCAUUGUUACAGGAGCAAAGCCAGCACCCAUGGUUUACUUCAAGCGUGAUGGUGAGCUCAUCGAUGUGGUGCCAACGGCCCAGUCGUCCUCCUCGGUGGGAGAUCAAAGCAAAGCCACGGAUCAGGAGAAGAGCUGGAGUAGGAGCCAGGCUGGGCUCUUGAGCUCCCAGGUUCUCACCAGGCAAGACCUCGAUGACACCAAAGUCCAGAAGUCCCCGUUCCUUCCGGAGCAGGAGGGGGAGCUGGCUCGGCUGGGCCAAGAUGUCCCCGAUGUCCCCGACGGCGCCGAACAAGGCGAAGAGGAGGGGUCCAAGUUGACCUCUGAGCCAACCACCGAGGUGAUCCACGAGACAGUGGUGAGCCGGGAGUUUCCUCGUUGGGUCCAGAGCAGCGACCCGCUCUACUACUUCCAGCACCAGCAGCAGGCGGUAGGCGACGGGACCAUGGAGGUGAAAGCCAUGCUGACCUGGAGCCUCAACCCCCAGCUGGACAACGAGGUUCUGUUCAGCUGCGAGGUCAACCACCCUGCUCUGUCCAUGCCCAUGCAGGCUGAAGUCACACUGGCGGCUCCCCGAGGACCCAAGCUGUCCAUGAGCCCCAGUAAGGCCAAAGUAGGGGACACAGUGAGGAUCACCGUCCAUGGCUUCCAGCUUGGNNGUCCACAGAGCGAGGUCUUCCCUGAGCCCAUGUUCACCUGGACCAAGGUUGGCGGACGCCUGUUGGACGGCAGAGAGGAACAUGACGGGAGGGAGCUCAUCUUAGAGAGAGUUCCCGCCGAGCUCAACGGCUCCAUGUUCCGCUGCACGGCCCAGAACCCUCUGGGUUCCACCGAUACCCAUACCCGCCUCAUUGUGUUUGACAACCCAAGACUGAAGAAAGGAAAAGAACAUUACAUCGCGAUCAACGCGGCGGUCAGUCGUCGCUCAAUCACGUUGACCUCCAUGUUGCUGCUGCUGGGAUUCCCCUGUGAGCUGACGUGACCCGACCUUCUGGCAGUCCUGAACACAUCCACAUCCACCCGAGGCACCGGCUCCUAAAG